AUGACGGAUAUUGAAUUUGGGCAACCCCUUCCUAGCAAUCUAGACUAUGCUGUUUCGUUUGGUAUUCCUACAUGGGAUUCGGCAAUAGGCUAUGCGGAAAAGGUACCAGAAGUAAUAAGUAAAAUGGCUACAGGAUAUCCGAGGUACUUUCCUCAACCCUCUGUUCAGAGGCUUUGUGCUUACUUUGUUAAGAGAUUUGGGCGAGAUUCAGAAGGCUGUCGUCCUUUUCCAUCCGUCAAUUUGGGUUUGAAAUGUUUGGAGUACGUAAAAUCUGUCACAGGACCUGAAAGUAAAGCUCACCUUGAAGUAGAAACAGUUACAAUCAAAAACCACGCUGUAAAAAAGUCGGGAGAACCGGCUGAAUUGGUUCUAACCAUUGCUGCUGUUCUUGCAUCUGGGGAGGAGUUCGAAACUGUUAAAGAAUAUUGGAAAUUAAGAGGUGAAUGUGUAUCUAGUCGAUUAGCGUGGUCUGUCAACCAACUGCUUGACUGCGCUAACCACGGUUCAGACCAAACAUGGCAAGAGCUAGAGGCUAGGCUAAUUUCAGCAAAGAAAGGGGAGGAGGAAGCAAAAAGCCUGAUAAAGAAAAGGAUAGUUGAGAACCGUUCUAGCCCCUUUGGUUUAGAAAAAAAAAAUCCUAAUUGGAAGGGACUUAGUCUCAACUCAGAUGAAGAUGUGCAUCUUGUAUCAAGUGGAAUGUCUGCAAUAUCUACUGCUCGCAAUUUACUCACCUUUUUGGAGGAAAAGAAAAGUUCUGGAUAUUUUUUGAACAAGAACAGCAUCAAUGAGAAAAAAGAGACAUUAUUAUGUGAUACUGUUGGUAUAUUUGGCUUUCCUUUUAAAGAUACACAAGUUAUUAUGACGAAAUUUGGAAAAUGCAAAUUCUUUGGAUUUGGAGAUUCCGGAGAUGUUACUGAGUUACAAAAGUUUCUAGGCACAAGAAAACAACGCAUCCUUGCCGUUUUCAUUGAGACGCCUUCAAAUCCUCUAUUGAAUAUGCCGGAUUUGAAAAAAUUGAGAAGACUGGCCGAUCAGUAUGGGUUUUUUAUUGUGAUUGAUGAUACUAUUGGGGGCCUUAACGUUGACAUUUUGCCCUAUGCGGAUAUAGUCUGCACGUCCUUGACGAAGCUUUUCAAUGGUGCUAGUAAUGUUAUGGGCGGCUCAGUUGUUUUGAAUCCAAAAUCAUCCCUGUACCCAUGUGCCCGUGAGUACUUUAAAAGCGCCGAGUUCGAGGACUUGCUAUGGUGUGAAGACGCAAUAGUUCUAGAACGCAAUUCCAGGGACUUCGAAGAUAGGACGUUGCGCGCUAAUUUAAACACAGAAAGACUGUUAAAGGAAUUACUCUUACCUGAACAGGGGAAAAUAUGUAAGAAGAUUUAUUACCCAACCGUCACUUCUGAGGAGACCUUCGAGAAUUACGAAUCUGUUCGUAAUGAACAUGGUGGUUAUGGAUGCUUGUUUUCUGUGGCCUUUUACAAUGAAGGAGAUGCCAAAGCCUUUUAUGACUCUUUGAAAGUUUUUAAGGGACCUUCUAAUGGUACCAAUUUUACCUUAGCAUGUCCAUAUGUCCAUUUAGCGCACCACUCAGAAUUAGAAGAAGUUUCCAAGUUCGGAGCCGACCCUAACAUUAUUAGGGUAAGUGUCGGUCUAGAAGAUGCCCAGUGGUUACUGAAAGUGUUCUCAAGCGCUUUGGAUGUUGUGAGAAGCAGAGGCUCCCAACAUCCAUGA